GAUAACAACAAUACAAACACAUUGGAAAAUAAUGAGAGCAAAGAGCCUAAAAGGACACCGGUAUCGUUUCUAUCGCUGUUUGGUUACGCGUCCGGUGCGGACAAACUGCUAAUACUGAUCGGAUCGGUGUUUGCCAUAGUGAUAGGGGCCGGACUGCCGGCCAUUAUGAUCUUCAUGGGUGAGCUGUCGGCCACAUUCAUUGAGUACGAAAUGCUGAACCAAUUGUCCAAAUGGCCGACCGCUGGCGACUACUACUCCAAAACACUCGCCAUCAUUACAGACAAACAAGUGUUUUUGGACACAAUGUUGCGCGACUUACCCGACUUUCAUCUUGAUGUGAUUAGGAUUAAGCUCAAAGUGGACAAUCAGACCUAUGUGGAUUUAUUGAACAAGACAGUUUUUCAUGGUGACAGAGGUUUUGAGACCAAGUUCCUGCACGAUAGCGAUCAGUAUAAUUAUUUAAUGUUUGGUGUGGCCGUGGCUUUCCUACUGUGCGGCUACGCUAUGGUUACCACGUUUAGUAUUGCGGCCAAUAAUCAGAUCCAACGCAUACGUGUGCUCUUUUUCCAGGCCAUACUCCGACAGGACAUCACGUGGUUUGAUACUAAAACCAGCGGUGAUUUUGCUACCAAAGUGACCGCAGAUCUAAAUAAACUACAAGAAGGCAUCGGCGAUAAGGUCUCAUUAUGUAUAUUCUCAUUCUCGACGGUGUUUUGCUCGUUGGGCACCGCUCUGUACUACGGCUGGGAGCUAACCUUGGUCAUACUGUCCAUCACACCCGUGCUGAUCAUCGCAUUCGCUAUAAUUGCCAAGAUUCAGGCCAAAUACUCGACGAGCGAAGCGGACUCGUACGGCAAGGCCGGGGCGGUGGCCGAGGAGGUGUUGGGCGCCGUGCGGACAGUGUACGCGUUUGACGGCCAACGGCGUGAGAUAGACCGGUACAGCAAACACCUGGAG